CCCCGCCGCUCCCGGCCCGGCCCGGCCCGGGGAGCCGGUGCCCAGCGCGGGUCUCCGCUCCGAGCCCGAACCCGAACCGGAGCCCCUCGGGGCGGCCCCGCCGGCAGCAUGCCGCUCGCCCAGUUGGCCGAGCCCUGGCCCAACAUGGAGCUGGUGCAUCUGGACACGGAGAAUGGGCAGGCUGCUCCAGAAGAAGGUGGGAAUCCUCCAGCCAAGGCAAAAUCAGACAUCACUUGGAUAGAGAAAGACCUUGUGGACUCGGCAGACAAGGGCGAAGGUGUUGUGAAAGAAAUCAACAUCACACACCAUGUGAAGGAGGGCUCCGAGAAAGCCGAUCCUUCGCAGUUUGAGCUCCUGAAGGUGCUGGGACAGGGCUCUUUUGGCAAGGUUUUCUUGGUGAGAAAAAUAACACCACCAGACAGCAACCACCUCUAUGCCAUGAAGGUGCUCAAGAAGGCGACAUUGAAAGUGCGUGAUCGAGUAAGGACAAAGAUAGAAAGGGACAUCCUGGCUGAUGUGAACCAUCCCUUUGUGGUGAAACUCCACUACGCAUUCCAGACAGAGGGGAAGCUGUAUCUCAUCUUGGAUUUCCUCAGAGGAGGUGACCUUUUCACUCGGCUUUCCAAAGAGGUCAUGUUCACCGAGGAGGACGUGAAGUUCUACCUAGCGGAGCUGGCUCUGGGGCUCGACCAUUUGCACAGCCUGGGAAUCAUAUACAGGGAUCUCAAACCAGAGAACAUCCUCUUGGAUGAAGAAGGGCACAUCAAACUCACAGAUUUUGGCUUGAGUAAGGAGGCUAUAGACCAUGAGAAGAAAGCCUAUUCCUUCUGUGGAACAGUGGAAUAUAUGGCACCAGAAGUUGUGAAUCGCCAAGGCCACUCGCACAGUGCUGACUGGUGGUCCUACGGGGUCUUAAUGUUUGAAAUGCUCACUGGCUCGCUACCCUUCCAGGGAAAGGAUCGUAAGGAGACAAUGACCCUCAUCCUCAAAGCAAAGCUGGGCAUGCCACAGUUCCUGAGCUCUGAAGCACAGAGCCUCCUGCGAGCCCUUUUCAAAAGGAAUCCAGCCAACCGAUUAGGUUCUGGACCAGAUGGGGCGGAAGAGAUCAAGCGCCAUCCUUUCUACUCUACCAUUGACUGGAAUAAGCUGUACCGCAGGGAAAUCAAACCACCCUUCAAGCCUGCAGUAGGCCAGCCAGAUGACACCUUUUAUUUUGACACAGAAUUUACAUCACGUACACCAAAAGAUUCCCCAGGCAUCCCCCCUAGUGCAGGGGCCCAUCAGCUCUUCCGAGGUUUCAGUUUUGUGGCAACCGGAUUGAUGGAGGAUGGCAAGGUGAAACCUGCCCAGUCACCUCUACAUUCAGUGGUACAGCAGCUGCACGGCAAGAAUGUCCAGUUCAACGAUGGCUACGUGGUGAAGGAGGCAAUCGGAGUCGGCUCCUACUCAGUGUGUAAACGCUGCAUUCAUAAAGCAACCAACAUGGAAUACGCAGUCAAGGUUAUUGACAAGAGCAAGCGAGACCCUUCUGAGGAAAUAGAAAUCCUCCUGCGAUAUGGGCAGCAUCCAAACAUCAUCACCUUGAAAGAUGUGUAUGAUGAUGGGAAGUAUGUGUAUCUGGUGACUGAGCUGAUGAGGGGAGGGGAGCUGCUGGAUAAAAUCCUCAGACAGAAGUUUUUCUCGGAGAGGGAAGCCAGUUCGGUCCUGCACACGAUCUGUAAAACGGUGGAGUAUCUGCAUUCCCAAGGGGUGGUUCACAGGGACUUGAAACCCAGCAAUAUUCUCUAUGUGGAUGAGUCAGGAAACCCCGAAAGCAUUCGCAUUUGUGACUUUGGCUUUGCCAAGCAGCUGAGGGCUGAGAAUGGCCUUCUCAUGACUCCUUGUUAUACAGCAAACUUUGUGGCACCCGAGGUACUAAAACGCCAAGGCUAUGACGAGGGCUGUGACAUCUGGAGCCUGGGAGUUCUCCUGUAUACGAUGCUUGCAGGCUGCACUCCGUUUGCAAAUGGUCCCAGUGACACUCCAGAAGAGAUCCUGACCCGGAUAGGCGGGGGGAAGUUCUCUGUCAGUGGAGGCAAUUGGGACACUAUUUCUGACAUGGCCAAGGAUCUGGUAUCAAAGAUGCUUCACGUAGAUCCUCACCAGCGUCUAACAGCCAAGCAGGUCCUGCAGCAUCCCUGGAUAACCCAGAAGGACAGCUUACCCCAGAGUCAGCUGAAUCACCAGGACGUUCAGCUUGUAAAGGGGGCCAUGGCUGCCACGUACUCGGCACUGAACAGCUCCAAGCCAAGCCCCCAGCUGAAGCCCAUUGAAUCCUCCAUUCUGGCACAAAGGCGGGUGAAGAAACUUCCUUCCACCACACUGUGAAGCUGGGAUGGUCUGCAGCCGCACGGUGCGGUGCAGGCACACCAGACUUUGCACACCUACCGAAAACGGGGGGCAGGAGAUUGGGCGGUCAAUGCCUGCACAGGAGCUCCCUUGAGGACUUGUUCUCAAAAGGCCAAAUGCCUUCCUGUUUCUGAAAGAUGGGCUCCUCCUUGUAUGGACUGAUCUUUGCUGAGAGAACUUAAUUGUAAAAUUUUUUUUGAAGUGUAAAUUGUCAAUUUUUAAAGACAUCCAUCUGUGUAUAUGAGAACUAGAAUGUAUAACUGAUGUCAAGUGGCACUAAAAAGCAGCUCUGAUUCACCCUUUCCUGUGUAGGGCCAGGUAUUUGUUGUAGCUACAUCAUUUCUUGGAAUUGAUCCUCUCCAACGCCAUCGCAGCUGGAAGGCUGCAUAAUGUUUGAGGCUUAGGCUUUGGGGUUCUUCCUCCCCUGAACCAUUGGAUGCCCUUCCCAAAGUCAACCUUGCAGACUCCUAACCAGCAGCACUCAUGUUUGUAAAGGACUUCCCUCCCCUUCACUUCACUUUUUGUGCGUCUAUGUUCAGUGUAAGGUCGAUUUUUUAGACUCUGUUUCUUCCUCUCUCCUGCCCUCCCCCAGCCCAGACAGCAGUUCUCUGAGCAAAAUAAACUACGGGUUUUGCAAACACCCCCUUAGAUGCUCAGCUGUCCAGAAUACCUGCUAGGUUUGGCUCAUUCCUUCCCUCUGCCCUCCCAUCUUCACGUUCUCCCCAUCACUCCCGGGGGAGUUUGUCACCCGCGCAGGUGGGGAUGACAAAGGAACCUUCUCCUCGGCAAAGCUGAGGCUUUGGGCUGGCUCCGGCUGCUGCUUUUACCAUUUUUGGUUUUCCUUUCCUUCAGCAGGAACCUAUGAAACAAACCAUCCUUUUUUUUUAAUUUAACUUCGUUCUACAGUUGGUAACUCAGGGUUUCUUUCUGAAUUGUACAAUAAACGUGUCAUUCAGUUGACAUUAUUUUACUGACUGACUUUUAGCUGCAGAAUAAGUGACCCCGGUCAUUUCCCCACGUUGUACAGGGAUAAUGUUUCUUGCCUGCCUUUUGGGAGAUCUGCAAAGCUUUUUCAUCUGGCCCUGUGAUGGGAAAACCAGCAGUACUGUAGUAGGGCUGUAUAUUAUGCCACCUUCUCUCAGGUGCAAUACCUCACUUUGCAGUGGGAAGUAAUUAGAACCAGUUAUGGAAUAAGGCAGUAAUCAACAGGAAAGAUGGCAGGAUGCAGGCUGCGGAGGGGAACUUCUUACUCUCAGGACAUUUUAGCGCUAAUAGAAACCAACACCUGGAGGCAAACUGUGCUAGACAUAAAUUCCGGACCCAUUCUGACUUGCAGGGAAUUGCUGGAGCUCCCUGGUUUGGUGAUGGCUGUUUCUUGGGAGGAGCAGGAGAGCUACGGGGACUGCAAACGCUCACAUGCUCAAGGAUGUGUCUCAAGCCAGGAAAGGUUCUCAUGUGAAUUUCUGCUACUUUGGGCUGAUCGCAGUGGCUGAGAGGGGGAACUUUCUUUUUUGGCUUUUCCCUUUUGCUUAGUCCCAGUUGACUCUAAAAUGGAGAAUUCCAUAAAAAGAUUUUCUCCGAGAUGUACAGCUCUGUCCUCCUCUACCCUCAUCCAGGCAGGUCCUGUUUUAAUCCCUGGAGCAGCCAGUGAGAAGCUGCAAUAGUCACGAUUUCUUUCUAUGUUUAUUCCAAGUGCUGCCCUAAUGUCCAGUGCUGCUGAGAAGAGGUAGCCAGUGCCAGUGCACACUGGAUUUUCUCACUGGUCUUGCCACCGAUGCCCAGCAGAGCUGGAUUUAAUGUUUUAGUCAUAGCUGGGGAGGGGGACACUCCACCAAGCAAAAUGCCUUCCUUAAAAAUACUUGCUUUCUCCUCUGACAAGAUGUUUGCAUUGGUGCCAGUGAACCUGCCUUGUGUUUCCUACAACUGUGCAGUAACUCUCAUAGCAGUGAAAAGGUGUGCAAAUUUUAGGUACCUGAAACAAAUACAAUAAUUAUAAACAGCUUCUUUCUGGAGCUGCGGUCAGUCCCUCUGGGCACUGUUGGGAUUGAAGCAGACACCUCGACAGUUUUUCAGAAUAUUUCCUACGCUGCAUUUCAAGGGUGGGGUCUGAAAUGGUGGAUGGCGUUGGACGUGUUGUGGUGGUGAUCACCACUCACUGUGAACCUCCCAACAACAUGGACUGUCAGGAUGGGUCUUAAACCAAACGUUCGCCCUGCUUGGAUGGUAGCUGGCUUGUUUGUAUGAAAUUGUAAAUGUUUUCAAAUAUCAGUCAGGAAAAACAUUACAACCUUUGCUUGACCCUCCCUGUAAUGGUGCUGGUGUGAGGCCAACUAGUGACAACUCAAAGAUGCCUAGCACAACCAGGUGUAGAGCUCUGUGGGCACAGGGAGAGCAGCCCACGGUUGCUGCAGACUCUGCCUGGCCAUGAGAUGAUACCCAGAGCAUCAAACCCCGAUACCCGGAGCGUCAAACCCCUCCGCCUCACUGGGGUCUUCAAUCAGAGGAACUUUGGUGCAGUUGUAGCUUCUGGGACCUCCAUCACUUUGGAGAACAGAGUGAACAAGAAGGGCUACACCUUGCUUUCUGGGGUGCUUUUAACCAAGUUGUUUUGAGUGAUUCUUCCAUAAGUAAAAAUAAGUCUUGAUUUUUAGUUCCAAAUCAACCAAGUGCUGUUACUUUUUUAAUUCCAGUGCUCAAUAAAAAUGGACUUGUUGAUCUUUC